UUUUCAACUGAUUUCCCUAUUACAGAUUUACAGUAACGACUUCCUGCUCUCUCUCUCUCUCUCUCUAAUAAGAAGAAUCAAAAUCUGGUUUUGGGUUAUGGAAGGAAAAACCAAUCUGGAAAAUCUCUAGAGAUUGGUGGUUUUUAUUUUUAAUUUUUCUGCAGGGAGGGAGAUAAUGGGUUGUUCUUCAUGGCCUUCGGACAAUGAGUUGGAUAGGUUGAAGAAGAUGGUGGCAAUAAUGGGUAGAGGAAGCCCUAGCGACGUAAGGGUUGUGGUCUCUCCUUAUAGGAUAUGCCCAUUGGGAGCCCACAUUGAUCAUCAGGGUGGAACUGUUUCGGCCAUGACAAUUAACAAGGGAAUACUUUUGGGGUUUAUUCCUUCUGAUGACUCUCAGGUUCUACUACGAUCUGGACAGUUUCAGGGAGAAGUGAGGUUUAGAGUUGAUGAAGUUCAGCAUCCGAAGGGAUCUAUUACAGCAAAUAAUACAGAAAAUGCACAUGAUUCAUCUAAAGUCUGUGAAGAAUGUGAUUGGGGAAAUUAUGCAAGAGGUGCCUUGUAUGCAUUGCAGAGAGGAGGAUAUCAUCUCACCCAGGGUAUCAUUGGGUUUAUAUGCGGUUCUGAGGGACUUGACAGUUCAGGGCUUAGCUCUUCAGCUGCGGUUGGAGUUGCUUACCUGUUGGCUUUGGAGAGUGCAAAUAGCUUAACGAUUUCCACUACAGAAAACGUUGAAUUGGAUCGCAUAAUUGAAAAUGAAUAUUUAGGUCUUCGAAAUGGCAUUCUAGAUCAGUCGGCAAUCUUACUUUCAAGCUAUGGUUGCCUCACCUGCAUGAACUGCAAGACCAAGGAGUACAUGCUUAUACACCUGCCGAAGUUGCUUGGAGACCAAGAAUCUAAGGGACAGGAAGCAUACAAGAUAUUGUUGGCAUUUUCGGGCUUAAAGCAUGCUUUGGCAAGCAAUCCUGGAUAUAAUUGCCGGGUUUCCGAGUGCCAAGCAGCAGCUAGAGUUCUUUUACAGGUCUCUGGGAAUGAAAGAUGCGACCCUCUUCUUUGCAACGUUGAACUAGAUGUGUACGAAGCUCACAAGGACAAGUUAGAACCAAAUCUCGCUAGAAGAGCAGAGCACUACUUCUCAGAAAACAUGCGGGUUACGGAAGGACUUAAAGCUUGGGCUUCUGGUAAAUUGGAAGAUUUUGGAAGGUUGAUUUCAGCUUCGGGACUUAGUUCUGUACAAAACUAUGAAUGUGGCUGCGAGCCACUGAUACAACUCUACAAGAUCCUCUUGAGGACUCCGGGUGUUUUUGGGGCCCGGUUCAGUGGGGCGGGAUUCAGGGGCUGCUGCAUUGCAUUUGUCCAUCCCGAUCGUGCAGAGGAAGCAGCUUCAUUCGUCAGGGACGAGUACAGUAAGGUUCAACCCAAGCUGGCCGGCCAGCUGAAUUCAGACACAGCUGUAUUGAUAUGUGAAGCUGGGGACUCUGCUUGUGUUAUCUGAUCAAAGGUCAUGAUUUUUCUCUUAUAGUUUUGAGUAGACUUGAAAUGCAGGGAAGUUUCAUGAUCCAUGUAUUCUUUUAUGAUAUGAAAUAAAAUUUGGGAUGUGCUAGUCCAA